CUCUUCCUUAUUCCGGUUUUUUCUUUUGUUUGUUUUCAUUGCUUUGAUCUUUUGUUACUUUGUGCAUUUUGUUCAAUUCUUUGUUCAACACGCCAAGAACCUGGGCAAUCCACGGUCAAGACCUUCCAUCCAGUAACAGAGGCAGAAGGAUCCCUUGAUGACAAGAGUUCGAGACCAGACGCUAGGAGAGAACUCCGCGAGCCAGCAAAACAAACUCGGCCAGGAAACAGACAACAAGGUCACCCGGGGGUGCCAGAAGAGGACGCUGUGAGGCGGGUUCUUCUUCCUGGUCGACGGCGAGCGCUUCCGGGGCGGUGGCGACGGAGGCGGAAGGGCGGUGUUGUAGCAGGUGGCUGUUGUCUCUGGGUAGGUCGUGGGAGGCUCCCGAGGUGGGGACCGGGCCGGGAUGGCUGCAGCGGCGGCCGGGGCCGGGAGCGGGCCCUGGGCGGCCCAGGAAAAGAAGUUCCCGCGGGCGCUGCUGAGUUUCUUCAUCUAGAGCCCGCGCUUCGGGCCGCGGGAAGGAGAGAACUCUCAGGGGAUCCCGAACUGCAGCUGGUCCUCACUGGGCUGUUUCUGUUCACGUGCCUGGUCACAGUGCUGGGGAACCUGCUCAUCAUCCUGGCCAUCAGUGCUGACUCCCACCUCCACACCCCCAUGUACUUCUUUCUCUCCAACCUGUCCUUGCCUGACAUCGGUUUCACCUCCACCACGGCCCCGAAGAUGAUUGUGGACAUCCAAUCUCACAGCAGAGUCAUCUCCUCUGCAGGCUUGCCUGACUCAGAUGUCUCUUUGCCAUUUUUGGAGGCACGGAAGAGAGACAUGCUCCUGAGUGUGAUGGCCUAUGACCGGUUUGUAGCCAUCUGUCACCCUCUAUAUCGUUCAGUCAUCAUGAGCCCGUGUUUCUGUGGCUUCCUAGUUUUGUUGUCUUUUUUUUUCUUCUCAGUCUUUUAGACUCCCAGCUGCACCACUUGAUUGCCUUGCUAAUGACCUACUUCAAGGAUGUGGAAAUUCCGAAUUUCUUCUGUGAUCCUUCUCAACUCCCCCAUCUUGCAUGUUGUGAUGCCUUCACCAAUAACAUCAUCAUGUAUUUCCCUGCC